AUGCUGAAAACCAUUCUGCGCGUCUGCUUUCACGACCGAAGACUGCAGUACAUGGAAAGGGAGCUCAUUGACCAGUGGAAAGAGCAACGACCAUCGGAGAGAGUUCUUGAGAUUGACACACCUCUAAGCUUUGGCGUCUAUGACGUUCGCAAUGAUCCAAGGCAAAUCAACAAGUCAGAGUUCUUCUGGGAUCCUACCAAAGAGACCGGUGUCUUCAUCAAGAUCAACUGCAUCAGCACUGAGUUCACUCCGAAGAAGCACGGCGGCGAAAAAGGAGUUCCUUUUCGCAUUGUCAUUGAGACGUACUGCAAAGAGUCCACUGAGGUAAACAGCUGCCUUCACACUGCCUCCUGUCAGGUGAAGGUCUUCAAGCCAAAGGGUGCCGACAGGAAGCACAAGACCGACCGAGAGAAGAUGAACAAGAAGCCACCACAGGAGCAGGAAAAGUUUCAGCCCUCCUACGACUGCACCGUCUUCACUGACUGCACAAUGGACACCUUCAAUGUGUACAGUGUGACGGGGGCAGGCCUGGUGUCCACACCGACGCCCAGCGUUGACUCAGAGGUGGCCGAUCAGCUGCCGCUGAUGAGCAGUAAGAACUUGAACUUGACCGUUGCCAGCAAGAGUGGCCCCUUCGGCAAAACUGGCGGCGGCAGUGGUGGCGGCGGCCUACUGGCGGCCAAUGCCUCGGUGAGCAACGUCUCCAGUCCACUGAGUGAUAAGAACAGCAACAGCAAGCCGUGCGCCUUCAACAUCUUCGCCGACAUCAACGAGAACAGCUUUGACCUCAACUUUACCAACUUCACGCAGAUGCACAGUCUGGCACAUACGCUGUCCACCACCACGCACCUCACCUCUGCUUCGCCCGCCGAGGUGACCGUCAAAUGGCUGAAGGAGAACCGCUUCGACGCCCACCUGGACACCUUCAGCCAGUUCAGCGGAAAGGACAUUCUGGUGCUCAGCAAAGACGAACUGAUUCGAAUUUGCGGCCUCACAGACGGCAUCAGACUUUACAAUGGUCUGCACGCGAGGAACGUCAAACCGAAGCUUACCAUUUAUUUAAGCCUGCCUGAUGAUGAGGUCUUUCGCGCCUUUUACCUCGACACUUUAACAGUGGCUGAGCUGCAGGCGAAGAUCCUCUCCACUCUACUGCUGUCCAAGUGCAACUACCUUAAGCGACUUUGCGUCAUGGGACCAGCCGGCGUGAAAGUUCUCGUUUCUGAUGAUGUGGUGAAAAACCUGACUGAAGAAUCACUGUACAUUGUCGAGCUGACAAAAG